AUGGCCAAGAAGCAAAGGCUAAGCAAGCAGCAUGCGAGGCGGAGAGACCCGUGUGCCCUGCAGCAGCCUCCAGCCCAGAGCAGGGCUCUCGGCAGGACUUCUGGAAAGGAAACCUGGGCCAGGGCCACCCGGGGCAAAGCCAAAGCUGAUGGAGAGGCGCAUCCUCACCGUUCAGCCUCCAUCUCCCCGCAUCGCUCAGAUGUCAACAAACCCGGACCACAAAGUGAAACUUUCCGGGUCCCCACUGUCUUGCUGGGUGUCUGCCCUCUGCCUGCGAGAGCGGCGCGGGGACAGGUGUGGGGCCGAGGCUCAGGAAGGGACCCCCGCUCCCAGCCCCAGCGAUUGUGUAAUCGACCUGAGAAGGGGGUUCUCGGGACCAGCCCCACGCCGGGAUGCGGAGGCGCGGCCCGGGGACCCGUCUGCUGGCGCGGCGCCGGGAGGUGUGAGGGGGAUGGGGAGAACGGUCGUCCCGCCCCCCGGGACCGCCCCCGGGAGGCAAAGGGAGCCGCGGAGCUGACACAGCCCGGAGGGGGCGCCCGCGCUGCGGACCGCUGCCGAGCUUGGGGACGCGAUGGCUCGGCAGUACGGCCGGCCUUACCUGCGCGCCGGCCCGGCACGGCGGAAGGUGGUUCGGGAUGCCGAGGCGGCGGACGGCGGUCGGCAGCGCCGGCAGCCACCGGGCCACGGCAUUUUUACAGACGGAGAGACUAGGAGAUGCCGCACUCAGUUCUUUGACCCACUCCCCGAAGUUGGAUGGCAGCAGUGUGAUUUCCCAGUGACAGUUACAGAGCUGUGGUGUGGUUCGUGG